AUGGCUGACGAAGAACGCAGACCUCUGCUCAACGAGGGGCCGUCUACAGAUAGCUCAUCCUCUCAGGCAGAUCGACCGAUUCGACCAUUCGAGUUGUCGUCAGAGUCUACGCCUCUCUUAGUCCGUCGUGAUGACGGUGAUAUUGUUGCAUACGGCACGGCGCCUCGGAGAGCAUCAGCCUCAUCGUCAGCGUCUGAGACCUCCAGUUUGCACAAGUAUUCCAAGCGUUUAAGUGGCAGGAUAAAGUGGCAAUUUCUCUGCGCGUUCGUCACGCUGACGGCUGUCGUGUCCAUCCUUGUAUUCGCUUUUGUGGCACCAGCGGUCGUGAAGGAAUAUGCAAAAGAAGCCGCAGUAUUCAACCCUACGGAUAUCUCCAUUAAUUCGACCACUGAGGAUGGUGUGCGAACCAGAAUUCAGGGGAAAUUCGUCUUGGAUGCAGACCGUGUUCAGAAGCGGUCGGUCCGGACUCUAGGCCGGUUGGUCACUUGGAUUAGCAGGGAAGUGGAAACGGGUCAGUCGGAGGUACAGGUCUACCUUCCGGACUAUGGAAAUAUUCUCGCCGGCACGGCCUCUCUGCCCUCCAUCAAAGUGAAUGUUCAGAACGGCCAUACAAACAACGUUGAUUUUCUGGCCGAUUUGAUCCCCGGCGACCUUGUGGGUAUUCGUGCAGUGGCGGACGAUUGGAUUGAAGGGACACUUGGUCAGCUCAGGGUCAAUGGAAAGGCCAUUGUUCAUCUCAAAUCUGGUUUACUGAGCUUGGGUGAGCAAAUAGUGACUGACUCUGUAACAUUCAAAGAUAAAGACUUCCCUGCUUUGCCUGACGUCAAAAUCUCGAAGCUGAAUGUCUACGACCUGGAUGGCCCUGGUGGAAGUGGCGCAUUGGCGUUUGAUGUGUCGCUUACUGCAUCGAUUGAUUCUCCUUUGUCCCUGACGAUACCCUCGCUCGGCUUUGAGCUGCUCGUACCGAAUUGCUCGCCGGGGGACCCCAACAUCUUGGUAGCAGAUGCGCUCACAAAGGAAUUUCAGGUCGAACCUGCUGCCAGCGCUGUCAUGAAUGUAGUUGGUACUAUGCAAAGUCUCUCCGACGAAUUGACAAGAGUGUGUCCCGGAAGGGAAGACUCACCACUUGAUUUUCUCGUCAAGAGCUAUAUGAACGGCCGCCCAACUACGGUUUACAUCCGUGGAGCAGAUAACCCAUCCCUGGAAACUCCAUCUUGGCUUGCAGACAUCUUGAAGGGUGUCACAGUACCAAUGCCCCUCACAGGACAUGCACUGGACAACUUGGUCAAGAACUACACGAUGUCAGACGUGCAUCUCAGUCUUCCAGAUCCAUUCGCUGAGCCAGACUCAGAUGAAUCUCAACCAAGAAUAUCGGCUCUGGUCAAGGUGCUAGUUGCAUUGCCGGAGCAGAUCAACUUGCACGUAGACAUUCCACAUGUUCGUGCCAAUGCUGAUGUCUUCUACCAUGGGAAAAAGCUUGGAGUCAUGAAUCUUCCAAAGUGGCUGCCCGCCAAUGCAAGUUAUAUCACAGACACAGACGGUUCCCAGGCGUUGCUCGUAAACUUUGCGAUGAAAGAAGCACCGCUAAGGGUUACUGAUGAAGAUGUUUUGACCGAAAUCCUCCAAUCUCUGAUUUUUGAAGGGAAGCCGGUUGACCUUCGUGUCGUUGCAGCGGUCGAUGCGGAAGUUGCAACGAAGCUUGGCCAGUUCACCGUCAGAGGCAUACCGGCCGAGGGAGCUGUUCAAGUCAAGCCCCCGUUCUCUGGCUCUUUUGAUGAAUUGAUGCCACGGCUGAAGUCCCUCGAAGUUGGGCCUACAACUGAUUCCUCCAUGCUGGUCAAAACGAGAGUGAAUGUCACCAAUCCAACGGAAUACUCAGCUGCAGUACCUUACGCCGACUUUCUGAUGUUGUACAAUGGGACUAAAGUUGCCCAUAUCACAGCCCUAGACAUCGCGUUGGCUUCGAAGGCAGAUGCUACAGUUCGGGUCGAUAUCAUGUGGGAGCCGUCCAAAGGAGGUCAGGAUGGUGUAGAGGCUGGCCGAGAAUUUCUAUCAAAAUGUGUCUCAGGGUCCAACAUUACCGUGACGGUUCAGGGUCAUGAAGGAACUAUCCCGACAUUACCUAAAUUCGGGCGAGCAUUAUCAAAGUUGGGCUUUGAGUUCCAACUUCCCAGGAUGUCCAUUCCCGGGUCACCCAAGGCACCCAAUGGUGACAAUGGGGACACCAGGUUCAUUCAAGAAGCCACGCUGCACCUUUGGUCAUCCACUGCCGAGUUCACCCUAUUUUCGCCUCUCCCGAAGACGCUGAUAGACAUCAUGUCUGUGCAAGCCAACGCUUACUACUUGGGACACGAAGAGGUCGGCAGUAUUAACUACUCCGUUCCUUUCCAGGUGCCCCCGGGGGUCUCGAAGACGCCCCGGAUGCCUGUCGAGAUGAAUCCGGACGGUAUCGGCUACGAUGCUCUGAAACGAGCUCUGGGAGGUUCACUUGAACUUGAUGCAAUGGCCACGGUUGGCGUUCGGGUAGGCCACUAUACAACCACAAUUGACUAUCACAGCAAGGGAAUUCGGGCCAAUGUGAAAAUCUAA